GAGGCGGAUGGCGCUCCCGGUCCGCGUCCUCAAGCCGCACCGGACCCUGGCGGGCGGGCCGGGCGGCCAGACCCGAGCCCGCGGGGAGCCGCUCGCUGCCCGCUUUCUGCGGCGGGCCGGCCCCGCGGGGAAACUGAGGUGCGAAGUGAGAAAAUAGAAGUGAAAGACCAUGGGAGAUGCAGCAAGACCUUACUUUGUGAAGCGUGCUAAAGACCGAGGGAGCAUAGAUGAUGAGGAUUUCAGAAGGGGUCAUCCUCAACAAGAUUAUAUAAUAAUGGAUGAUUAUGGCAAAGGCCAUAGCAAUAAAGUAGAAAAGAGCCUUCCCAGAAAAAAAGUAAUACCAGGAAACUAUGGGAAUGCCCCCAGAAAAGGACCAUAUGCUGCUUCCAGCAAUCCGUACGCAUUUAAAAACCCGAUGUAUAGUCCGCCUGCUUGGAUAAAUGACAACCACAAGGAGCAGAGCAAGAGGUGGCUGGCUGAUGAACUGACCGGAAAUUCAGACGGUUGGAGAGAAUUUAAACCUGGAUCCAGGACUCCUGUUACAAAUCGAUCAAGAAAAGACACUUUUCAAGAAACCGAAGAUAGUUAUAGGUGGCAGGACGGCAGAGGCAGCCGAGGUGUGCGACGGCUGUUUAAUAAAGGCCUGGUAAGCCUGGAAGGCACGGUGGAGGCGGAGGCAGGAAACCCUGAGAACAAGAAGCAGAGGUCCAGACCUAGGAAGCCACGGAGGACUAGGAAUGAGGAGAAUGAGCAGGAUGGAGAGUUGGAGGGCCCCGUGAUCGAUGAGUCUGUGCUGUCGGCCAAGGAGCUUCUGGGCUUGCAGCAGGCCGAGGAGAGACUGAAAAAGGACUGCAUCGAGAGGCUGAAGAGGCGACCUCGAAACUACCCUACAGCCAAGUAUACCUGCAAACUUUGUGAUGUUUUCAUUGAUUCUGUCGCAUUUGCUCAUAAGCAUAUCAAGGAGAAGAGGCACAAGAAAAACAUGAAGGAAAAACAAGAAGAAGAGUUACUCACUACGUUGCCCCCACCAGCACUCUCGCAGAUACAUGCCAUUGGCAAUGCGAUUGACAGAGUGGUACAGGAGUUUGGCUUACUCAAUGAGAACUUGGAACAAAGACUAGAAAUUAAACGUAUCAUGGAAAAUGUGUUUCAGCACAAGUUAUCAGAUUGUUCUCUGAGAUUAUAUGGAUCGUCCUGUAGCAGAUUAGGGUUUAGAAACUCCGACGUAAACAUUGACGUUCAGUUUCCAGCCAUUAUGUCUCAGCCAGAUGUACUCUUACUUGUGCAAGAAUGUUUAAAGAACAGUGAUUCUUUUACUGAUGUUGAUGCAGAUUUUCAUGCAAGGGUACCAGUGGUGGUAUGCAGAGAAAAACAAAGUGGUCUUCUUUGUAAAGUGAGUGCAGGAAAUGAAAAUGCUUGUCUGACAACAAAUCAUUUGACUGCUCUUGGAAACUUAGAAUCAAAGCUGGUUCCUUUGGUAAUUGCAUUCAGAUACUGGGCAAAGCUUUGCAGCAUAGACCGCCCUGAAGAAGGGGGUCUGCCUCCCUACGUGUUUGCGCUCAUGGCCAUUUUCUUUCUCCAGCAGAGGAAAGAGCCCCUUCUGCCUGUGUACCUAGGAUCAUGGAUUGAAGGAUACUCAUUAAACAAACUAGGGAACUUCAGUCUUAAGGACGUUCAGAAAGAUACUGUGAUCUGGGAAUAUACUGAUAAUGUACUGGCGGAUGCAGACAAAGCAAAAGAAGCGGCACCGGAAAAAAUGCCUGUCAAAAGGGGACAGGUUUCAUUAGUGUUUGACUUAAAACACCGACCAUCAGUACCUGUUGGGCAGCUCUGGGUGGAAUUGCUUCGAUUCUAUGCCUUAGAAUUUAAUUUGGCUGAUUUAGUGAUAAGUAUUCGAGUCAAAGAAUCGGUGUCUCGUGAAUCAAAGGAAUGGCCCAAAAAGCGCAUUGCCAUUGAAGAUCCUUACUCUGUUAAAAGAAAUGUUGCAAGAACCCUAAAUAAUCAACCCGUGUUUGAAUAUAUACUUCAUUGUUUAAGAACAACAUAUAAGUAUUUUGCUCUACCACACACACUUACAAAAUCCAUCCUUCCAAAGUCUCUAAGUACUGUUAAAGGUAUUUCCAAGCAUUCUAAAGAAGUAGCAAAGCAUGAUCCAGCUGUUCAAACAAAAGAUGAUAAAUUCAGUAACUCCGUUUUGGCUCAAAGUACUGGUGCAGCUGCUUCAGCUGCAGACCCCUGCAGGGUGCAGCACCCAGGUUGCAAGGAGGCAGCAGGAAGCUCUGGAGGCCCGCCAGCAGAUACCGUGGGAGACAUGCAUCCUAGUGGCCAGCUGAGGAGUAUGGGCGCUGGCAGGGCACAGGGCCACCCAGGUGAUGAUGAGAAAGCUAAAGAGUCCCACAAAGAAACUGAAGGUGAAAAUGGCAAAGAAAAAACUGAAAGGGAAGACACACACCCUUUGACCAGUGAUGAUCCAGGUUUAUGUGGCCAACAAAGAGAGCAUGGCAUCUGUGACAACGCUCAAAGUGAUGAGAAUUUAGAAGUCUCGCAGAAUACAGCUCCAGAAUGCGAAGGAUUUGCUGGUCUGAUUGAGAAGGCUGCUGCUGAAGAAGGCACAGAAAGUACUGAAGAACAGAAAGGUGUUCUGACACACUUUGCCCCCGCCAGUCAGAGCCACACGUCAGGAAUCAUCGACUCUGAGGAAGGAGAGGAGGAGGAGGAUGAUGAAGAACUGAGGCAUGCUGCUUCCCAAAGGGAAGACAAAGACAACAUCCCUAAUGGAGACGAGCUAGAGAGCAGCUGUGCGGAGUCAGGGGACGAGGCUCUGUCUGGAAGGGAAGAGGAGCUUGGAGGGUCUGCUGAGUGUGGAGACAUGAAAGAACAUGGAAUGCAUGUGGAUGGAGCUUUCCUAAUGGAACUUCAGAAAAUCAGUCUUCAUGAAAAAAGCGAAUGUGAGGAGAAUUCAACUGUAGAUCAGUCUGACUUCUUCUAUGAGUUUAAUAAACUGACCUUCACCAAAGGCAAGACUCCUACAAUAGUAUGCAGUUUAUGUAAACGAGAAGGUCAUCUAAAGAAGGACUGUCCUGAAGACUUCAAAAGAAUCCAGCUGGAACCCUUGCCACCAUUAACACCCAAAUUUUCUUAUAUCUUAGAUCAAGUUUGCAUGCAGUGUUACAAGGAUUUUUCUCCAACUGUUUUAGAAGAUCAGGCUCGUGAACAUAUUCGGCAAAACCUAGAAAGUUUCAUAAGACAGGAGUUUCCAGGAACUAAGUUGAGCUUGUUUGGCUCCUCCAAAAAUGGAUUUGGGUUCAAACAAAGUGAUCUGGACGUCUGUAUGACAAUUAAUGGCCAUGAAACAGCUGAGGGGUUGGACUGUGUAAAAACUAUAGAAGAAUUGGCAAGAGUCCUCAAAAAACAUUCAGGUCUAAGGAACAUUUUGCCUAUUACAACAGCAAAGGUGCCAAUUGUAAAGUUCUUCCAUUUGAGAAGUGGUUUGGAAGUGGACAUCAGUUUGUAUAAUACAUUGGCUCUUCAUAAUACAAGACUUUUAUCUGCUUAUUCAGCCAUUGAUCCCAGAGUGAAAUACUUGUGCUACACCAUGAAAGUAUUUACAAAGAUGUGUGACAUUGGUGAUGCGUCUCGGGGUAGCUUGUCGUCCUACGCCUACACGCUUAUGGUGCUGUAUUUUCUCCAGCAGCGGAGCUCACCAGUCAUCCCUGUCCUUCAAGAGAUAUACAAAGGUGAAAAGAAACCUGAAAUAUUUGUUGAUGGCUGGAAUAUUUAUUUUUUUGAUCAAAUAGAUGAACUGCCUACCUAUUGGCCAGAAUAUGGGAAAAAUACAGAAUCUGUUGGUCAGCUGUGGUUGGGCCUUCUUCGUUUCUACACAGAGGAAUUUGAUUUUAAAGAACAUGUUAUUAGCAUCAGAAGAAAAAGUCUGCUUACAACAUUUAAGAAACAGUGGACCUCAAAAUACAUUGUUAUUGAAGAUCCCUUUGAUUUGAAUCAUAAUCUUGGAGCUGGAUUAUCAAGGAAAAUGACAAAUUUUAUAAUGAAAGCAUUUAUUAAUGGUAGAAGAGUAUUUGGUAUUCCAGUGAAAGGAUUUCCAAGGGACUGCCCGUCAAAAAUGGAGUACUUUUUUGAUCCAGAUGUGCUUACUGAAGGGGAGCUAGCCCCAAAUGACAGAUGUUGUCGAAUCUGUGGGAAAAUCGGACACUUCAUGAAGGACUGUCCUAUGCGGAGAAGAGUGAGGCGACGAAGAGAUCAGGAAGAUACCCUGAACCAAAGAUACCCUGAGACCAGGGAGAAAAGAGGCAAAGAGGACAGAGACACGCAGAGCAAGCACACAGAGAGAGGACUGCCAGGGGAAGACAGGCCCUCCCAGUGCACCCCUCAGAGAGCCAGGUCAGCUACAGCGGCUGUGGAGGUGGGGAGAGAGAAGAUCCUCAGGCCACCAGUAGAGAAAUGGAAGAAACAGGAGGACAGAGACUGCAGAGAAAAACGCUGUUUCAUCUGUGGACGAGAAGGGCACAUCAAGAAGGAGUGCCCGCAGCUCAAAGGCUCUCCAGGUAGUCUUUCCAGUAAAUAUAUGACUCAGGGAAAAGCCUCAGCGAAGAGGACCCCGCAGGAAUCAUGAGGGGAGGAAAUACAGCACUCUAAGUGACCACGUAGGCGUCCUAUUCACUUGGAAAAUUAGGUUCAUUUCACUGGACACAGCAGCAUAGAUCAAUUAACAUUAAAGGGAAAUGUCAGAUUUUUUUAACUUAAUGAAAUUGAUUAAUAAGGAGAAAAUUUUUAAUAUAGUCUUAUUUACCAGAUUCCAGAGACGUAAUAAUUUUAAUAGAAAGCCAUGGUGUAUGUAUUUGAGCCAGAUUUUUUAAAAAAUGCAACUAUGGGCCAGUAUUCAAUGAAUAUAGUUUCAUGGUUUUUGAUUGUUUCAAAGCACACUAAAAAUGGUGUGCUGAUAACCCCCAAGCAAAUCAACCUUUUCUUCCAUAUAAAUCCCUUUUUUUUGUUUUGAAGAGGGGAACUUAUAUUUAUUGUGGUUUACCAAAUCCUCAUGUGAAAACAUAUCAGAUAUGUAUGAACUGCUACUACUGUAUUUACAAUUUAUGGACUUUAUUUUGUUGAUAUCUGUAGAGGUGGUAAUAUGAACAUGGAGACCUAUUUAUGUGAGCCUUCUGUGGAUGAAUUCCAGAGAGGGGCUUAUGUCUUUCCCCUCUCUAAUUUUAAGUAAAUUGACUUAUAGCUACUAUCAUAAAAAUGAAGUAAGGAAAACAAGAAUUCCUUUUUGCUGCUAAAAAAAACCUUUUCAAAAAUGGCAAAAUAAGAGCUUUUUACUUUUUAUGGUAUUCAGAAAUUAGGGUGAACUUUUACAAAAUCCCUGAAGAUUAAAGAGGCAAUCUCAGCCCAUCACGAGUGUGGUUGGAGUCAUUUUGGGUCUGACUAGAAUCCUGAUGGAACUGUUGCUCCAAUCUCACAAGCCCUGCAAAUGAUCAGAACUAUGCCUAUAUUUAUCAUUUUGAAAUAAAAUCAAAAUUUCAACCUGUCAUUUUAUCCACUUUUUCUAGUGACUUCCUAAAGUUUGUGGGUAAGCAAGAUGAGAGAGUAAGGGCAGUCAGCAGAGAUGAGUUCCUCUCUGCUCCCGGCUGCUGUCAGAGGGCAUUCAUACAGAGCACUGGGGGUCCGGGAGGAGCCUGCUGAGGAAGCAUGUCCAGGUAAGGGAGGCUUGAGCACUCUGCUAUAAACUACCAAGUGAAUAACACAGAGUACCUAUUUUUCCUCAGUUGCUGCUCUUCUGAUUUCUUAAUGCUUAGCUUCACUGAGCAUCAAAUCCUUGGAAAGCCCAUUAAUAUGGUUCUGUUGUCUGGUAUUUUAAUUCUGAAGCCAACCUAAUUUUUGUUCCCUUGUAGAAACGAAUUUUUCUGCUUGCAUGCUGUUUUGUUUGUUUUUGUGCCACACCCGGUGAUGCUCAGGGGUGAUUCCUGGCUGGCUCUAAACUCGGGGAUCACUCCUAGUGGUACUUAGGUGACUGUACGGGAUGCCGGGGAUCAAACCCAGUUUGGCUGCAUGCAGAGCAAACGUUUGUCCUACUGUACCACUACUCUGGCUCCUCUGCUUAGCCUGCAUCUAUGUUUAUUUGUCCUUGGAGCAUUUAUAUUUUGUCUGAAACAAAAGUGAAUCUACCUAAGAUUUUUGUUUUAAUUUGAAAUAUUCCAGAAGAGGGGGGUGGACUGCAAAAGAGUGGACCAGAGCAGGCAGUAAAGAGGUUAAGGAAGGUCAAAGCACUUGCCUUGCAUGCGGCCACCCCGCUAAAUUCCAGCUCCACAUGCAUUCUCCUGAGCAGUUCCUUGGCACACAACCAAGAAUAGCCCCUGAACACUGCCAGACUCCUCUCCCCAAAAACUUCCAUCUUUUCUUAAUAUAUUUUUGUAUCGUUUCUUUCUUUCAUGCUAGAAAAAAACUCAGGACUAUUGA